AUGUGUGUUGGUUGCUUAUCUCGUAUGCGCCCUCGCUAUAAACGACUUGUUGAUAACAUAUUUCCGUCCGUACCCCAGGACGGCUUGGUGAAGAAUAAUAUGGAGAAGUUGACGUUCUAUGCUUUAUCGUCACCAGAAAAAUUAGAUCGUAUUGGCGAAUAUCUGUUUCAGAAAGCUAGUCGAGACAUCUCUCGCAAGAGAAAUGAGUUUGUAAUGAUUGCUAUGGAAGCUAUGGACCAGCUCCUUGUAGCAUGUCAUGCUCAAACUCUAAAUUUGUUUGUUGAAAGCUACUUACGCAUUGUGCAAAAGCUACUUGAAUCAUCGGAACCCAGUUUACAAAUACUAGCCACACAAUCGUUUGUACGAUUUUCAAAUAUCGAAGAGGAUACUCCAUCAUAUCAUAGGCGAUAUGAUUUUUUUGUUUCCAAAUUUUCUUCCAUGUGUCACAACAACAAUCCAAAUUUAGUCACAAUGGAAAUGAUUCGAAUGGCAGGCAUUAAAGGCAUUCAAGGAGUUAUCAGGAAAACAGUCUCUGAUGAUUUAGUUGAAAACAUCUGGGAACCUGUUCACAUGGACAAAAUUGUUCCAUCUUUGUUAUUUAAUAUGCAUACAAUGAAAUCUAAAACUGAUAUUGUUGUCGAAAGUGGAAUUUCAGAAGAGGUCAAUGAUAAAACUGAUUCAUUUUCAUUAGCAGAAUCUUGUUUAAGAGAGUUAAUUGGACGUGCAUCAUUUGGUCAUGUCAAAAGUGUCAUUCGCCCUGUUCUAAAACAUCUAGACGCUCAUCAUAUGUGGGUGCCAAAUGUAUUUGCUACACAGUGCUUCCGUAUCUUAAUGUUUUCUAUUCAAUCUCAAUAUUCAUAUGCUGUCGUGGAGACAUUAAUGACACAUUUGGAUGAAAACGGCAACGCAUCUCCCAAAAUCCGAACCAGCAUUGCAGACGUACUAUCGAAAAUUAUCGCUAUCGCAGCUAAUGAAAGUGUUGGACCAACAGUAUUAGAAAUAAUAAACUCCCUGCUAACAAAUCUCCGUACAUCAGUCACUAGACGUCCGCCGUCCAACAUUGGCCUUUCUGAAUCUGAUGGUGAAAAUGAAUACAGAGAAGCACUUAUACAUGCACUUGGAGAAUUUGCUGCACAUUUGCCUGACUAUCAAAAAAUUGAAAUUAUGAUGUUUAUUAUGUCCAAAGUACCGCAGUUCAAAUCUUCAAAUAAUCCUAAUGAUCUUCAUGUACAAAGAAUGUGCUUAAAAUCUCUUUUGAUGGUGAGCACCAAGUAUAGUUCAGUACAAAUGAAUGCUACUUUUCCUCAAUCAUUCUUGGAUUUAUUAUUGAAAACAUUAACUGCUUCCGAGGAUGAAAUUCGCUUUAUUGUCCUACGCAUAUUGCACACACUCUUAGACAGGCAUAAUAAUGCACCUAAACUCUCCAAAGCUACUGUAAAUAUCACCAAAUCUGAAAUAAACCUAGAGAAAUGUUCUCGCAGUGAUACAAUAUUUAUCCGAAAACACGCUCAAGAUAUUUAUGUAUCUAUAUAUGAAAGCUUAGAAAUGACCAACAACACUGUUGAAAAUGUCGAGGCCGUGUACACAACUUUGGCUCUAAUAUGUAUUGAACUAUUGUCUGAGGAAACUGUUUUGGACUUUAUCAGACUGAUUUUAAGUAUACAGGAGCUAGCCAUUACUAACGCUGUACUUUCAACUCAACAGAAAUUCCAUUUGCACGGUUUGGUCAUAAGUAUUAUGCUCUUAGUAGCCAUUGUGACAGAUUUACAUCCACUCAAGGACUAUGUAGAGAAAGUAAUUGAACAGAGAAAAUUAUUAAGCGCCACUCAUUUGCUACCAGAAUUAAGUAUUCAUAACGAAGUUAAGUCCGCCAGCCUAUUGCCAGCCGGUGUUUUAAUUGAAGAACCAGAACUAACUGAAGCUCUAAAAGCUUCAGGAAUUGAUAUUACAACCGAGACUGGUCCAGUACUCGCACACAGACGGAGCUGGGUUGAAAACACCAAUAUGUCAAUGAAAGGAAGUUUUACUGAUCUAAGCAAUUUAGAUUUAGACAGUGUCAACUCCACUCCAGCAAUGCAAAGACGUUUUUCUCCAAAUGAAGACCUGUCAUUUGAAGCCAUGAAACGUUCUCUGAUGGAUAACCCCGUGGUCAGAGUCGAACAAAAUACCAGACAGACUCAGCUGUGCGAUAUGUUCAGAAACACGUCAUUCCAAGAUUUAGUGGCGAUUUCCACUGCAUCAAAGGACGAAGAAUCAUUGCAUUCAAAAAUAACUGAUGUGUUCAACAAAGUGGAUAUAUCGAACAAGCUGUCGGCCGUAGAAACCACUAACCAGCCGAUACCCAUCUAUGAGACACUGUUUCCAGAAUUGUUUGCGUUUUAA